AUGGAUCGAAUUGUGAAUGAUCCUAAAACUGAUGAUGACAAUCGUUCUGUCACUCUUACCAACUAUCGCCAUCGUAUCGAGCAUUCACUCAAACUUCAAGCACUUCGAUGGGCACUCAAAACUAAAUAUAACGUUCCCGAGUAUUGUGAAGUUUGCGAUAUACUUGUACCCGUGAUGCGUUUAAUCAUCGAAAUCAAUAAAACGGAAGAACUUCGACAUCUAGCUCUUGAUCUUUGUAGAGAAUUUGGAUUUCUCGAUGUCGAUGUUUGUGUCGGAGCUGUAUAUGAAUAUGGGGAUUGCGUCUUAGAAGUCGUUAGUACAUCUCCUCUCAACAAUAAAGAAUUGUGUGCAGUUGCAUUUGAUUGCGAGAACCAAGCUGAUUUUCCAAUCUUGCGUUGGAAUAUCACAUUACCCGGUCGAAAACCACCUCCACAUCCGCCUCAACCUCCUGCGCCUGAAUCGCCUAAAUUGACUGUUCUUCAUCUAUCUGACAUUCAUGUCGAUUUUGGCUACAAGCCAGGAUCUCUAGCGGAAUGUUAUCAACCAGUAUGCUGUCGGUUUGGUCAGCCUCUUCAUGGCCAAGCAGGCGCCGGUUUCUGGGGUGAUUAUCGCGGCUGCGACUUGCCAUAUUGGACGGCUGAAGCUAUUGUUCAGUAUAUCGCUGCAACUGAAAAGAAUAUUGAUUUUGUCUACUUCACUGGAGAUCUGCCACCACAUAAUGUGUGGAAUCAAUCUCGUGCUGAUCAAAUCUACACAAUUAAUACUAUCAAUCAAUUGUUAGCCAAAACUUUUCCGAACACAACCUUCUAUUCGGCAGUAGGCAAUCACGAAUCAGCACCUUCUAAUCUUUUUCCAACACCGAUAAUACCACGAGAAAAUAUUUCGUGGUUAUACGAAGUAUUGGCUGAUAGGUGGAUCAACCUUGGUCUACCUGCUGAUACACGCGAGAGUAUUUUGCAUGGAGCGUUCUAUACAGCAGUAAUACGUCCCGGUCUACGAUUGGUUUCACUCAACAUGAACUAUUGUGCACCGGACAACUAUUGGUUAUUUAUCAAUGGAACUGAUCCACUUGAUCAACUUCAGUGGUUGGUACAAUGGUUACAAUAUGCUGAAGAUCAUGAAGAAAAAGUUCAUAUUAUUGCACAUUAUCCGCCUCGCUUCUGUUUAGCGGUCUUCAGUUGGAAUUUUAAUAGAAUUAUCAAUCGAUAUGAGAAUACAAUUGCCGGUCAAUUCUAUGGUCAUACACAUUAUGAUGAAUUUAAUAUGUUCUACGAUGAGAUCGAUCCAACACGUCCUGUGUCAAUGGCUUAUAUAACACCCUCUUUGAGUCCUCGACCAUUCUCAAAUCCAAGCUAUCGUAUCUAUACAAUGGAUGGAAACUAUUCAGGAAGUUCGUAUUGGGUGCUCGAUCAUCGUACGGUCAUUAUGAAUUUGACUGCAUCGAACAUGUACAAUCAUACAAUUAUGCAUGAAGAAUAUUAUGCUCGAGAUGCCUAUCAAAUGGAAAAUUUAUUCCCAAAAGAUUGGGACAAUCUAAUUGAGAGACUACAGAAUGACAUUGAUGGUCCACUGAUGGGUACUGUCUACAAACAUUACACGAAAUCGUACGCUGAUGGAAGUCAAUGUGAUCACAAAUGUCGUCGAAGACUAUGUGGUUUCAAGACAACUCGCUCUGAUGAUCCUCAUGCAUGUGACUCGAUUCCACCAUUCAUUGAUUCAUAA